AUGCCUCCCCGCAAACAGAAACCAGAUGCAUCAUCAAGUCUCCCUACACAAUCCAAGAGCCUAUUCUUUGAGGCUGGUGGUAACAUCUUCACAAUUCCAAGCGCUGCUCUUGCUUUCUGUAGAAAACAGCCUCUCAAACAACGUUAUCAGCAGCAAACCCGAUUGAACAACCAGCUUCUCGACCUCAUAUAUGCUGGUGAAAUAGUCCUGGAGCAAUCACUCAACGAUAUUACUUGUGAAAGGCUCCACGAAGCUGCGAACGUAUCUGAAGGACAAUUCGAAAUCGACAACAGAGAUGCCAUAGAAAAGGUCGCUCAAGAUCAAGCUAGGCGUGCACUUGCAGUCGAAAAAGUACGCAAACACUGGGGUGGUAGUGAAGCUGGGAUGUCCCUUGCCACCACUCUCAUUCAAAACUUUGGUUAUCGAUUCGCGAGGGAUCUAACACGGAUUGCGACGAGUACCAACCCAGAGAGAGCACUCUUCUUGUUAAAUGGAGAGUUGAUCAGCCGUCUCAAUGCUCCGCCUAGACCAGGGAAGAGAAUCGAGAGAAGUCUGAUGCCGAGCGAAUUCAUAAACGUUGCGAAGGUUUUACAACAGAAAAAGGAGGAAACUGCAUGGGAUGGUACAGAUGUUGCUGAGCUAAGCCUCCAGUUUAAUAGUACUGGCAUGCUUGGCGAACCCAGUGAGGACUACCGAUUCGAUGCACCUCCUGAUGCUGUACCAGCAGUGAUCCUCCCACCUCCACUCAAGUUACCUCCUACUUCUGUGGCACUCCGCAACAUAGCCAAGUGGAAUAGCCUAGGGGUAAAAGUUUCCACGUCAGCUGAUGAGCCUGAUGUCACAUGUAUCAUGGAUAAGAUGGUAGUCCAUCGAAACUCAAUUGCUAAGCCUGGUCAAAAGGAACAAGACCGAGAAGACGACGACGACGAGCCCGAUGUCUUUGAAGCUCCCAAAGCAUGUAGAUGUGGAAGCGUCAAGGAUCACGAAAACUGGUUUUCCACACUCAAAGAUGGCUACAUAGCCAAGCCAGUAGGAUGGAUGACAAUGAUUGAACUAGUCACCUUACGUCCCGAGCAUCUUUGCGUUUACCACGUUCGCCAACUUGCCAACGCUUUAGCGCUUGAAACAUAUCAUGUCAAAGAAGAGGAACUUCUCGAGCGAAUGGAUAUCUUAGCCAAAGAGAAGAACAAGAUCGAUGAACUUCGAGUCGACAACCAGCACUAUUCCUGGUUCAGACCUCACGAGGCUGGCAAAAACGCACGACGCUCGAAGACGUUGGGUCUUUUAAAGUAUACUCCACCACUCCUGUUCCCAAUGAUAGUGACCCUCGAUGUGAAAUCUGCCUCUGAUAUUACGAGACGUGGCUAUGUCACUGGUCCCCUGCUGAACGGGCACGAUAUAGCGUAUCUUGGGCUAAACGAAGUGAACUCGCGAUUGUAUCGCCAUCAUGGAAGACAGAUUGGAACAGGGAGUGGCUUUGUUUAUCAUAGUUAUUUCUCUAUUCUUCAACAAGCUGCACGACAAGAUCUCUUCCUUUGGAGGAAAGUAUGUCGCCAACGUCUUGAUGGAGAGUUCCGCCUGGUUACUAUUCCUGUUCCUAUGAUGGAAGUCCGCUCUACAGAAACUUGCUCGCGAAUCUUUACUCAUGGUGAUGUCCAUCAGAUCUUUGGUGAGAAAAAGAAAGUUGCAUUGGAGAACUGUUUGACAGCCUAUGUGAUUAAUACCAUUGAAGAGAACCAAGCACCUGCACACGAGUUGUCUGCAUUCUUACCCCGUGGAAAGAUACCGUGGUCUACAGUAUCUCAUACCGUAUUCGAUGGCAGUAAAGCGUUCACGGAAGGUCAAUGGCAUGACUUGACAGAAAAGUUUGGCUUCAAAGCUUUUAAGGAAGCUAAACGCCGACACAAGUUCCGAUGGGAGCCUAUCAGUGACAAUUGGGCUAUCGUUGCUCCGGGUGUCCCCCUUCGCAUUUCCCCUGUUGAUCCCGACCCAGGACAAGGAACCUUCAGUGCUACUCCGAUACCUUACGCUGCUGUGACAUUCGAUGAAGAAGGUAAUCUGGGUACAAAGCUCGAGAACGGUAUGCUCUACUCAGAAGUAUGCAAUUCCCAUACAACGGUUACCCCUAUCUUCGAUGACAAGAUCACACAGCAUGGCUUGUAUGAGUGCCCUCGUUUUCCUGUGGAAAUCCGCUGCCCUGGAUAUGGAUUGAUCGAACAAGCUCUCCUUGGUCAAAUCCAAUGGGACGAACCUCUGGUACUGGAUCAAGCUCGAGCAAUAUUGAACAUGGAAGAUGACAAGUUUGAUACCUUCUACGCGGAGAACGAGAGGAAAGCUCAGACCUGGAUCUUUAAAACAAGACGUCUUAUCGAGGAACGAGAUCGCUUGUACGGUGAUCGGUCUUACUUUGCCCUGGUUGAUCCUAACCAGGCUGUACAAACCCAAGAAAAUUCUGAUGAGGAGUUUGAAAUUCCUGUAACUCCUUUACAGAAAGACAAAGGCAAAGGCAAAGCGGUUGGAUCUUCACCUGAAGCCAGUAUACCCGAUUCCCCGGACGAUCCCCUGUCUUCCGAAUCGGAACUUUCCAGCCCACCCUCUGAUACCGAUGAGCCAGGUCCCGCUACUAAGAAACGGAAGAAGAACCCUCGGUCCAAUAAUCCCCAUGAUAUCCCGUCUUGUACAGGGGUUAUUCCCCACCUUCUGGUUUCGAGUAGAUUAAAUUUUCAAGAGAGAAGUAUAUAA